AUGGGGGACUUCAAUUGUGUUUUACAGAAGGAGGAAAGGAUUGGUAGCCCAGUAUCAAUGGCAGAAAUAAGAGACUUCAAAAGAUGUAUUGAGGAAUGUGAACUACAAGACCUUAAAUCUACAGGAGCCUUCUUCACAUGGACAAACAAACAAAUUGGAGGGGAUAAAGUACUCAGUAGAAUAGAUAGAGUAUUGGUGAAUGAAGACUGGAACAUGCAACUUCCAGUAUCAAAUGUACACUACAGGAAUGAAGGGUUAUUUGAUCACUGCCCUGCUAUAAUAAGCUGGGAAAGAGGGAACACAGGACAGAAGAAAAUGUUCAAAUACUAUAACAUGUGGAGCAUGGCUACAGACUUCAAGGAGAAAAUAAAAGCUGGAUGGAAGACAGAAAAGAAGGGAACCAAAAUGUAUGAACUAGUAGGGAAGCUACAUAGAAUCAAGCAUACAAUGCAGCAGAUAAACAAAGAUAGAUUCAAUGAAGUAGAAAGGAAAGCAGAAGAAGUUAUGCUGAGACUGCAGAAAUGUCAAGAGAGCAUUCAGAAGGACCCCUACUACAUUAAGCUGAUUGAGGAGGAAAGGGAAAUAUCUGAAGAGUGCAGGACUUGGUGUAAGGCAAGAGAGCAAUACUUGAGGCAAAAAUCCAAAAUACAAGGCUGA